AUGUUUAUCACCUCUGUAGCGUAUGACUAUUACAAGGGCUUUGUUACGGCCUUCAUCGAAAUUACAGACAACACCGAUGCCAAGUUGUUCGGUAAACCACCAGUCCACAGAAUUGUGCCAAUGAUAAACAUCAUUGCUCUGAUUGAAAGUAUACUGUCGGUCAUUUUCUGGAUCCUUGUAGCGAUCCGUUCCUCAGUUCCUUCAAUGUCAAUGUUUAUUGUUUUCGUUCCUGUUGAGAUUUUCUUCAUUUUCAUGCUUGGUUUGAUGCUGACAAUUUUCUCCAUCUAUGUAGUGAUAUCGUUCAAACAUACAAGAAAAGUAUUUUGGAUUGUCGCAUACUGUCUCAUUUUCCCAGUGGUAUUCAUCAACUUGGUACUAUUCUUUGGUAUGCCAAUUCUAGUUUCCAUUCUAUUCCCACUUCAAAACAUUAAGGUACUUCAAGGACAACGUUCAUGGGAUGUCACACUCUUCCUCGUUCUUUGGUUAGUCGGAGGUUUGUUGAAGGCCUUCGUUAGACCAAGUGAAGACGAUAGCAAUCCAUAUCAACAUGACAACAAAAACGUCACCUUCACUGCAAUUUAUGUUUGCGUCCUCUUUUUGAUUGCAGUUUUUAUCUUCUUGAUUUCUGCUCGAUUGGAUCAAAAAGUGCCAUUCUCUGAAUUGCCAUUCCCUCCUGUAUCAUACUGGAUUGUUUUCAUUCCAAUUUUCGUCAUUUGGGCAAUUGGUACCAUUCUGUAUUCCAUCAAAGCAUUCUUGGAAUUGAAAUUAGUUUACAAGAAGGGAGAUGUUAACGGAGAUGGUAUUUUCAAAUCUAUUUAUUAUAUCGGAAUGAUUAUUUUCUUGAUUAUGGCACUCAUUACAUCCAUUUUGUUGUGUGUGAAGUUGUCACUCCCAACAGAGGAUCAAGACAAAUUCAGUCUCGGAUGGUGUUUCCUUCCUUUCAUUUUGGGAUUCUUUACCAUUGCUUGUUGUUGCUCCAUUCCAUUCUUCCCUCAAUUCCGUAAAGUCAAAUCUGCUGCAUUGAAGAAUAAUGUUUCAGGUGAAGUGGAAGAAGCAGCUGAAAAGGAAAUGCAAUGCUUCCUUUAA